UCUCUCCCUCAGAGGCUCUCUAUUAGUCUAUUGUAAACUAUAGAUAGAUUUUCAAUACUGGCAGUGUGGCAGUGAAUAUUGGAACUGAAUGGAACGCAGUCCAAGUAUAAUCGAUGCCAUGCAUUUUAAUUCAUUUUUUUGCAUUUUUAAAGAAGUUUUGUUCAUAAGAUCUUAAAAAUGGACUUUUAACAUUAAUUGUUGAAUUAUCAAAGUUUGUUAUUUAGCAAUAAUUAACUAAUAUCUAAAAUUCCUUAUUUUCUUACGUAAAAAAACUUUUCGAGGAUCGGGGAUGGAAAUGUUACAACUUUCUAAUUGCAAAAAACAAAAUGCAUUUAAAGAAAUUUUGUUUGUAAGAACUUAAAAUCUAUUAAUCUAUUUCCUUUUAAUAUUGUUAUCGAAUUAUCGAAAUUGUCAUUCAAUAAUUAAUAUCUUAAUCAAAAAUGGACUUCUUUACACAAAGAAAUUUUAAAAACAAAUAUAAUAUAUGACUUAAGACUCAUAAAAUUUUACCAAAAAACAUAAAUAAUUCAGUUUUACUGAUUGCGAUACACAAUAAAAUAAUUGACAUUUUUGUAAAAUGUGGGCUGGGGAAGUAAAGAAAGAAGUUGCAACUUUGGUAAUUCACACAUACCCAUUGUGUAAGCACAGCGACAUGCCAGAGGACAUAAAACAAGAGGCUAUAGAAAUUUGUGUCACUGCUGUUGAAAAGUAUCCAGAGAAUUAUGAGCAUGCAGCUCGUAUGAUCAAAGAUAAUCUGGAUAAAAAAUUUGGGCCACCAUUUCAAGUGGUUGUUGGGGAAGCUUAUGCAUGUGCAAUUACAUAUCAAGAGAAAUCAUUAUUAUAUAUGUUUAUUGGAGGUAAUAUAGCAGUUCUCGUAUGGAAGACGAUUACAGAUUUUUGACGAGUCUUACGUAUAAAAAGGAUGAAUAUGUAUUUACAAAUAUACUGUCAUAUAUAUGAAUUUUCUAAAUAUAUAUUGUACAUCAAUAUCUUCUUACAAAAUAGUACAUUUUAGUAUUGGAUCUUAUAUAUAUACUGCCACACAAUAAUAAAUUGCUCCUGAAA